UGGUGGGGUUGGUGCGCGAGGAAAUUUUUCUCUCUUAUCUUAUUCUUUUCUCCCACCGUGUAUUCACAUUCAUCUCUAUCUACCUUAGAAUAACACAAAAAAACAAACUAAUUGCGUUAUCAGAGAGAAGGAAAAAGAUUUGAAGAAUGGGUGUCGUGAUAAUUGAUGGAUCAACAGUGAGGGCUUUUGUGAGCGACGAUGAGCAAUUCAAGAAGAGUGUUGAUGAGAGAUUUGCAGCCUUGGAUCUCAACAACGAUGGGGUUCUAUCACGCUCUGAGCUACGCAAGGCUUUUGAAUCUAUGCGCCUUAUCGAGACCCACUUCGGCGUCGAUGUUGCUACUCCUCCUGAACAGCUAACACAGCUUUAUGAUUCCAUUUUUGACAAGUUUGAUUUGGAUAAAAGUGGAACUGUUGAUAUUGAAGAGUUCAGAUCUGAGAUGAAAAAGAUUUUGCUUGCUAUUGCUGAUGGCUUAGGAUCUUGCCCUAUUCAGAUGGCUCUUGAGGAUGACGACCAGAAUUUUCUCAAGAAAGCUGCUGAUCUUGAGGCUUCCAAUAUUGCUCACGCGGAAGCUUCUUCUUGAUUAACUACUCAUUGUAUCAUGUUUAUGUCAAGCUUUAAUUUCAAUAAGAAAAAAGUUCCUUUCUUGAAA